CGGCACAAUAGUUGGCGUCGUCCCGGGCAGCGGCCCAGCAACUUCGAGCAAAAGUCGCAAUUUCAGCGGCAAUAGCUUGAAAGCGCGCUCGGCAUCUGGACCAGCACAUUCGUCGUCCGCCGUUGGCGCAGCAAGCUUUGCUCUCGCCGUAGUCGGUCAAGCAACAACAGAAGGAAGUUUGCAAGCAGGCACGACUAUCACGACGCAGCAGAGGGGUGGGCUUGAUGGUACUAGAAGUGGCAUGCCCAUACCAGCAGCGACGUUGGCCACAAACCAUCCCUUGCGAGUCCACAGUGGCCCACUCGUGACAGGUAAAAACCGACUCCACCUGAACGGCGGGGGACGCGGGCCCCGCAAAGCCGCCUUGAGCGCAAGUCUGAACAACGCUACGAGCGAGCAAGAACAGCACGAAGCCGC